UCACGCACCAGCGACAGCCAAAGCCGACCAGUGAGCAGCAUCCGCUUGUCGGCGGUGGGCUCGUGCUUUCGGCAGCGCGACACACUUGCUCCGGCGAGACACACAAGCGUGUGGAACUAAACAAAAAGACUACGGCUGUGCGAACGACCGGAGUUCAAGCCAACUGCGGGGCAAUAACGAAAGCGUGGCAUUCACGGAGCGCGUUAAUUAGCGCGACGGUUAAUUGACGAAGAGCAAUUGACCGCACGCGCGCGUCCGCGCGCGCGCUUCAGCUGCAGCCUGUUGCAAGCGCCGGAUUAUGACACGGGCUGCUGAUUCCGGGCGCGGAGCAAACAGUGUGUCACAAGUAAAAUAAUUCACCAGCGGAAUGGACGAACCAAUAACACGAGGCGGUGGCAGAUGGGUUUGUCCAAACGACCGGCAAUUGGCAUUGCGCGCAAAAUUGCGGACAGGAUGGUCCGUAAAAGCAGGAUCUUUCGAGUCCCAUGGGUGGGGAAACUACCCAAAUUCCUACACAAGCGGUUCCAAUCGAUGCAGACAAUCUUUCUUGCUCAGUGAAGACGAACGACAAACUAUUAUUCAGGUAAUACAAAGAGCCGAAGCUCUGGAUCUGUCGGAGCAGGAACGAGUUGGCCGACUGGUCGAGAGACUGGAAAAUAUGAAGAGAAACGUGUGCAUCGUGACGUCGACCAGGUCGAACGAGAGACGCGGUUGCGGAAGUCGAUGUUCCGGCGGUGCGCGCUGCGUCUGUUCGUGCGCGCUCUGCGGCGAGAAAUUCGGUGUGCUGAAGGCGAGCGCGUAUCUCUGCAAGGACUGUCGCAAGUACAUCUGUCAGAAGUGCGGCAUGGAAAUUACGAGACCUAAUCCGCCGAGAAACGGAGGAAACAGCGACGGAAACGAACCAACUUCCUCGUCGCGCGGCUCAUUGCGCGUCGUGAAUCUUGCUCAGGAACGAACGACCGUUCAGAGAAUCGUUCAACGAUCCCACAGCAACGCGCAGAGGCAAUUCCUCUGUCGCAUCUGCGCCGAGACCAGAGAAAUGUGGAAGAAAAGCGGCGCCUGGUUCUUCAAGAGCAUGCCCAAGUAUAUUUUACCGGAGAAAAAGGAGCGCGGAUGGUGUCGACCAAGCAACAGAACGUCGUCGUGGACGAUAAGUAAAUCCGCCGAUUCCACUGACGCUCAAGAUUCCUCAUCCGACGAUGACGCGACAAGACGACUCGCGAUGACACGCGGCCAUUCUGUCUCGCCCACAAAUUUGUCAAUCACUCGUGAGGGUACCCCGACCAAAUUAACAGUUUCCAGUCCCGUCGGAACCGCCGCUUCUUCGCCGAAGAGUCCUAGAGGAAGACCGAACGGUCUGUCGCCCUCAGGCUAUCGCGAGGACAUGAGUUCCGAGCGAUUGGACAAGUCUUGCCUGUCGAUUGCGUCUCAAUGCAGCAGACUAUCACCCACAGGAUCGAUUGCUACCUUCCGUUCAAAGACAAGUCCGAGCAAAAGCCCUAACGACUCGCAAGUGGAGCGACGCGUGUCCUUCGAAGACAUCUUCGUGGACGACGAGAAAGCUAACGAAGCCGACGACGAUGAGGAGGAAUAUGCAAACGAGCCCCGCAAGAAUUCUUCCGGUUCUCUAGAACGAUCCAAGGGCACUCAGGUACAAUCCCUCAGACUGAAAACACCAACGAUAGUGACCUCACCGGCGGCGACGACGCCGACCACGCCGGUUUCCGAACGAUUUCAGACUGUGGGCAAGAUACUGGAAAGGAACAACGCAGAACGAGAUUCAAACAAGUCCUCCUCGGACCAGAACAGUGUGUCCAGUGGGACUUGCGGCAACAGCCAAAUCACAUUGCCAAAAACUCCGGAGUAUCAGCAAGUAAUAGGACAAGAUUAUGGGAUUCUCGAAGCCUCCUUGCGAUACGACCCGGCAGAUCAGUGCCUCCAGUGCAAGGUGGAACGUGCGCGCCGUUUAAUACCCAUGGACAUCCAAGGCCUCGCCGACCCCUUUUGCAAAUUGAACAUACUGCCCGUCGAGAAAGGGGCGCCCAAUCGACGGUUGCGUACGAAAACGGUGCACAAGACCCGCGAUCCCGAGUUCAACGAGACAGUGAAUUUCUACGGGAUGACGGAAACCGACAUCUCGUCUGGCAAGGCGUUGCACAUCUUAAUCCUUCAGGACGAUCCGUCGGGUCAGGAUUUUCUAGGAGAGGCGAGAUUCAACCUAUACGAAUUACAUCCGUACAUAACAAAACAUUACAAAGUUGCUCUACAAGCACACUUUCCAGUGGACAACGAGGAGGAAACGUGGGGCGUAUGUUCAAGCGGUCGUGGACGGAUCCAGAUAAGCCUGAGCUAUUGUACAAGCCGACGUGCCCUAUUAGUCGUAGUGCAUCGCGCUACGAAUCUUCUGCCCAUGGACAGCAACGGAUUUUCUGACCCGUUUGUCAAACUGUCUCUCGUCGAGGACGCAACCGACAAUCACCGGCAGCAGCGGUUCCUGGACUACUCGAUCGCCCGCGCCACUGCCAAGAAGCUCACGGGAAAGAAGCAACUCGGCCGUUGCUCCCAUGUCACGAGCAUCAAGCGAAAGACACUGACCCCAGAAUGGAACGAAGAGUUCGUUUUUGCGACUCGUCUGACGGAGCUGAUGAAGCUGACUCUAUGCCUCUCCGUGUGGGAUAAGGACUUCGGAAAGAGUAACGACUAUCUGGGUGGUCUGAUGUUGGGUUGCGGUAGCAAAGGUGCGCGAUUGCGGCACUGGAUAGAUGCGAUCAAGUUUCCGGAUCGUCGGCAUUUGGCGUGGCACGAUUUGGCAGAGAUAGACGCGUCCAUGGAAUGAUAACUUUG